AUGAGCUCAUGUAGUUGCAAAAUGCCUAUGCUUCAGCCUUCAAAGAGGGCUGGGGUUGUGGGGUUUGAAGGUGGUGGUGAUAGGCAGGUUCUAGAUCUAGAGACUACCGUUAAAGAUGGUGUUUUGGGUGGUCUUGGAGGAGGCUGUUUCGGUGUUGGGGUUGGAGAGAAAUUGGAUCUAAAGAAGAUGAUUAAAGAGCUCAAUUUGCCAGAAGUUCCAUUUGUGUUUAUUUGCUCAAUUUCCCUUGAACCUAUGCAAGACCUAGUGACCCUUUGCACUAGACAGACCUAUGAGAGGUCCAACAUUUUCAAAUGGUUCAGCUUGGGGCACUACACUUGGCCCACUACUAUGCAAGAGCUUUGGGAUGAGUUGGUUACUCCAAAUAAGACUUUGCACCAUUUAAUUCAUACUUGGUUUUCACAUAAGUAA